AUGGCUACCUCACUCGCCGUCGAUAAACCCCAUCUGCCGCCCGCUGAUGCGGAUGCGAACGACCCCUUCAUCUCGCCGCCUGGACCUGCCCAUCAUCGCUACUCCAGCUUCGACACCCAAUCCUUUGCCCUCGGCGCUGGCUCAUCACCGGACCAGGCCAAGCGCGCAUUGCAGGCGCACAUCGCCGACACCGAACGACGCCUUGACGAGGCCGGGAAGCUGGGAACUGCCCUUGUGCAACAGCGCAAGGAACUCGCCGAGCGGCUGAAGGAGGUAGAAGAGCAGGAGGCAGAAGGAGAGCUUGCACCCGAAUUGCGCGCCAAACUCGCCGACAUCGAAAAAGAGUACCAAGAUGUUGCUCGAGAGACUGCGAGGGCAUUCUUGCCCAAGCAGAGGGUUCCCAGCAACGAAGCUGCUGGAGGUUCGCCCUAUGUGCCUGACGGAAGGAUAGGAAGACGCUCCGUCAGUCCCUCCAAGUUCGAGAAGCUCGAGAUCCAGGCCACUGGGUCGCCUUCCAAGCUCAAUGUCCCGAACCGCAAAGUUAGAAACCAGCCCGCCAAUCGCAUCCACGACAUCGAAUUCGCUGCCGAAAUCAGCACAUCCCUGAUCGCCCAGGUCCGCAACCUACAAUCGCUUCUGUCCGAGAAGGACGAGGAGCUGCGCGACAUCAAGGUCGACAAGUCCAGGCUGGAGAUCGAAAACGAGAGCUUUCAGCAACGUGUCAAGACUCUGGACGAGAGUGAGAACAGAUACAAGGACGAGAACUGGAAUCUAGAGACCCAGGUCCAUGACCUGAUUUCGGCGCAAAAGGAUGCUGCAGACAGAGAAAAGAAGCUGUCGCAGAGCUUGAACGUCCUGCAAGCGGAGAAGAACUCGGUGCAGAAGGAGCUCGAUGAAGCCAAGGUCUCGCUUGCCAAGCUCGCCGAGGAGCACGAACGUGCGGUGAAGCAUCUUGACCUGGAUUUGACCACUGCCAAGCGAAAUGCCGCCUCGGCCGAAACCGAGAGGAAUGCCUUGCGACGCAAGGUUGACGACCUCAUGAGCCAGAACACGGAGCUUGCCAAGGCCGUUUCGGUACAGCGUGGCCGUAUGUCUGAUCGCGACUUUGUCCGCGGCGUCAGUGACGAGGACUUGGAGGCUGCGACGGAUGGUUUCACUCCCGAGCACUCGCCCCCACCGUCACCUAUCAAGGGCACUCCUCGCCAUGCCAUGUUGGAGUCUGAGACGCUCAAGAGCUCUCUCUUGCAUGCCCAACGAACGAUCCAGAGCCAGAAGACUGUUAUCCACCGUGAGAAGACCGAGAAGCUCGAGCUUAAGCGACUGCUCCAGGACACGCGCGAUGAACUGGAGAAGCUGCGUACCGACGCUGCACCUGUUCCCGCUCGUCGCAACCGCAAGGUUGAGUCAAAGGAGUUCAAGAAGCCUUCCCGCGGCUUGCUUGGCGGUCACCGAAGCAGCAGAAACGAGGUUUACCAGGACGACCCAGACUGGGAAGAGGCGACGGAAAUCGGUAGCCCCAGAACUUCGCCAACCGGCCGCUCGAACUCCGCCAUUCGGAGACCGAACAGCAGACCUGGCAGCAGCUACAGACCUCAGUUUACGGAUGUCAGUGACCAGUUUGAGACGGCGAACGAGACCAGCGACGCUGCCUUUGAGACUGCCAAUGAGCGUGGAACGGAGACGGAGGACUUCCAGACUGGUGUCGAGGACUUCUCCGGUGACGACGACACCGAGACUGAAACCGAAAGCCCGUCUAAGGGCCGUGAGCUGCGGUCUCAGGCUCUGGCCAUGGCCGGCGGUCGAAACUCAUACGACAGUACCGCGUCUACCUCGGCCGACGAGGAUGAAGAAUACAUCGAGUACAGGACGCCGACGUCGCAACACUCACACCAACGCAUGCGCGUCAAGCUUAGCCGAGGUAUCAUAAACCGCCGAUCGAGGCAGUUGAGCGAGGAGCCCAGCUUCCAGAGUAGCCCGGCCAGUGCUGCCACCGGUAGCGCUGCGGGAACACCUCAGGCCGGCGGCCAGAGCUUGUUCGCAGAGCUGGCCGACCUCGAGAACAGCGACGCUGAGUCUAUCGAGGAGACACCCAACCGCGCAAGAUCCGCCACUGGCGACUCUACGCAGAUGGCUGCAACCUCCACGCCGCCUGUUCCUACCCUGUCCCAUGACAUGGUUGACAGCAGCCAUAUGACUGACCCUGUUAAGAAGGCUGCGGCUUCCAGGCCCAUGAUGGUCGAUAGUGGUAUGAUGACAGAGCCCAUGACUGAGUCGACUCCGCCCUCACCAGUCAGUGUGGUCCAUGAAGAUAGGAGUCUCCCAGUGGGAUCCAUGCUGGCCGCCCAGCAGACAUCACGCCAGUUGUCAGCUGACGAUGCCGAUGGAAUCCGUUCCCGCCCGCUGUCGACACUCUCCUACAGCGAUGCAGGUGCCCAGUAUGAUGUGGACAUGGAUGCAAAGCUGGCACAGUUCCCGAUGCCGCCGUCCAGUCCCAACAACUACAUUCUGCCGCCAACGCCUGAGCUCAGCCUCUCUUCGAUCGACAUUCAAGAUAUUGAGCCCGUCUUCGAGCCCGAGACGCCGCCUCCUCCACCGCCUGAGCUCACCAUGACGUCUCUGGUUUCUGAAGCUGUUGAGCCCAAGGCAGAGCCCGAGAUUGUGCCGCCAGCACCCGUCUUGGCUUUCACGCCUCUUGUCUCGGAGGAUGUUGAGCCAAAGGCUGAGCCCGAAGUGCCGCCCCCGACGUUGAGCAUCUCAACCUACUUGUCCGAGGCGGUCGAGCCUGUUGCUGAGCCAGAGUUGCCGCCUCCCGUCCUCAGCCUGUCGGCCCUUCAAGCCCACAACCUUGAGCCUGUGGCCGAGCCUGAGACGCCGCCUCCGACUUUCACUCUUUCGGCGCUGCAUGCCCACAACUUGGAGCCGGUUGCUGAGCCAGAGGUGCCUCCUCCGGCUCUCAGUCUCUCCGCUCUGCACUCGCACAACCUUGAGCCGGUUGCCGAGCCCGAGGUCGUGCUUCCUGUGCCCGAUCUCACCUUGUCAGGUUUGGUGUCCGAAAACAUCGAGCCCAAGGAAGACCCCGAGGAGUCUCGGGCUUUGGCAUUUGUCCCUGCUCCUAUCCCGGUGCCAGGACCGGUAUCAGUGCCGACCCUUACACUGUCUUCGAUCGCGUCCGAGAACGUGGAGCCGAGAGAAGAGCCCGAGGUCCCGGUUGUUGUACCUACCCUCAGCCUCUCAGCGAUCGCCACGGAGCACGUUGAGCCCAAGGCCGAGCCCGAGGUUGUUCCUCCGGCGCCUGUCCUCAGUCUCUCGGCCCUUUACUCUCACAACCUCGAGCCAAGGGCAGAGCCCGAGGUCCUGCCUCCCUCACUUAGCCUGUCGUCCAUCGUGGCAGAGGGUGUUGAGCCCAAAGAGGAGCCCGAGACCAUUCCCGAGGUCCCGACUCUUUCGUUUUCGUUGAUUGCGGCCGAGAACAUUGAGCCGACUGCGGAACCCGAGGUGGUCGUCCCCGUACCUGUCCUCAGCCUUACACCAAUCUCCUCUGAGAACGUUGAACCUAAGGCCGAGCCGGCGCCAACGCUCGCCUUGUCUUCGAUCUCUUUCGCGGACAUUGAGCCUCUCGCGGAGCCGGAGGUGCUGCCGCCGGCGCCGCCCGCUCUCACCCUGUCCUCCAUCUCGUCUGAGGACAUUGAGCCCAAGGCGGAGCCCGAGACACCCGCACCUAUUCCCACUAUUCUUGUGUACUCCGACAUUCACUCUGAGCACGUUGAGCCUCUUGCCGCCCCUCUCCCUGCGCUGGACUUCUCCUCCGUCCUGUCUCAGCACGUAGAGCCUGUUGUCGCGCCAGAACCUAUGGCGGCCAAGCCCAAUUUUGCUUUCUCUACUAUCGAAUCGAUUGAGACGCAACCCAUUUCGCCUAGAACCCCGAAGCGGGACGCCUUUAUUCUCCCUCGCGACAUGGAUUCUCCAUUCGAUGAGAAGGACGCACCCAGGACGCCUCCCAAGAAUGCUCUGAUGAGCUCCGUCUUUGGUCGGGGCAAGAACAAGACCGACGACAGCCCCAUCAUCGCCGAGGACGAGACUAGGCAGUCGCCUAGCGAGACCCGGCUGUCCGAGACUCCCGAGUCUCAGCGGCCGUUCAAGGAGAUUUCAACCAACGCCAACAACCGACCUGCGCGCAAGCCAGCGGUUCCCAUGUCCGACUCUGGCGCCCAGACUUCUUUGACUGCCGAGGCGAUCGACGAGAUGCUCCUCACAAAGACCAAGGCCACUUCCGACAAGUCGCUCUCCAGCUUCGGAACCCCGAGCACCCCCGGCACCGUUCGCAUCCGCCGUCCGUCUCACGACAGUCUUAGCAGCUUCUCCACCGAGAACAAGAUGGAUACGGCAUUCAAGAGACCAGGAAGUGCCAACAGCAACAUGGCGCCUGCCCAGCCACUGCCUCCUCUCCCCCCCAAUCACAAGGAGGCCAUCGAAGCUGCGAGAACUGGGUCUUCGCAUGGAAGUGUGGUCAUGGGCCCUCCUUUGUGGCCUGCUUCUGCGAUGAGAAACCAGCGGCCGCAGACUCCCAACGGCGCAAGGCCGCAGUCGCCGUUGUCAAUCACUACAUCCACAAAGGCUGUUCCCGCUGUUCGUGUUGCGCGGGCUGGUGCACCCGCCGAGGUCCACUCUCCGACCAAGCUGUCGACUAUGAGCAGACGCUCUUCGGUGUCCUCCUUCGUCUCUGAGAUUGACCACCGAUUCAACCCUCAGGCUGAGCUGGCCGCCGCGACUGGCUUUGGCCCCAACACCGAUCCUCGCAUGAUCCAGGCCAUCACGCAGACCAUGAUUGGUGAAUACCUGUGGAAGUACACCCGCAAGGCCGGCCGUGGAGAAAUCUCCGACUACAGACACAGACGUUACUUCUGGGUCCACCCGUACACCCGGACUUUGUACUGGAGCGACCGUGACCCGGCCACUGCUGGCCGGACCGAGCUGCGCGGAAAGAGUGUGCCCAUCGAGGCCGUCCGCGUGGUGACCGACGACAACCCUAUGCCGCCUGGCCUCCACCGCAAGAGCUUGAUCGUCAUCUCCCCUGGCAGAACCAUCAAGUUCACCUGUACAACCGGCCAGCGCCACGAGACGUGGUUCAACGCCUUGUCGUACCUGCUGCUUCGCACGACCGACGAGGGACAAUCCGACGUCGAGGAGAUGGCCGGCCACAUCACACAGGCCGAUGUGGAUGAGUUCAACCCUCAAUUUGGUCGCACCAACUCAACGGCCCGACCGAGGCCUCCGCCGUCUCUGUCAUCGUACAACUCGCGGACUACCCGCAAUCAGUCUCCGGCGGUCGACAUGUCGAUGAAUGUGCCCACGCUGACCCCGAACAAGCACAACGCCCAGGCCCAGAGACCUACCAUGGGACCGCUGGGUAGGAUUAGUGGCUACUUCGGCACCUUCUCGAGUCUGAGAAGCCGUUCAGCGGCUACCGCAAGCCCUGACAUCUACGAGGCUAGCGAGGUACACGACAGCGCCGAAGACCUCCGGGAGAUUAUCGAAAGACAAGACCGGGAAGCCGACCGACUCGAGAACGUGCGCGCCUGCUGCGAUGGUAAGUUUGAUUUCAACACUGCCCUGCUAGAGGAUAUACUAAUGAUGACCCAGGCAAGCACGACGUUGGUACACUUCAUCACCAUUCUAAGCGAGGUCGGCCCUCUGGCGCUCAUUCUCACUCGCACUCCAACUCUCACUCUGGACCUUCUGCGUCUACGCCGUUGA